AGCAGGCUCCGGGCUCUGAGCUGAGAGCACGGAGCCCGACGCGGGGCUCGAACUCACCAACCGCGAGAUCAUGACCCGAGCCGAGGUCGGAUGCUCAACCGACCGAGCCACCCAGGCGCCCACCAACCGUGUCUUGCAGAGCAGCUCAUGGAGACUCGGCAAGGGACUGCCUCCGGCCCCACUUCGGGGAAGUGCAGAGCCAGGGUCAAAACAGGGCCCUCUCUGGCCCCAGAGGCUCCGCAGACACAUCGGACAGACACGGGAAAGAAGGCCUCAGAAGGAAAGACAGAAUGCGCACUUCUCACCCUGUGCAGGAAGCCAGUCGGCAGCACGGCCCCAAAGAAAGCACGUAGCCGCCGAGCCUCCUUCCCUCGGGGUGGCUUUGGAGACAGGGCAGGGUUCGAACUCCCUCUCGCUGCAGGAACUUGGGCAAGUCAGAGCCCGUGCCUGGCGCCUCAGUUUCCCCAUCUGCAAAUGGGGGUUCUAACAGUGCCCACCUCACAGGAAGUCCCCUGAAAAGAUACCAGAAGGUCACCCACAGCACAGAGGCUGGAAAACGGCAGUCGCUGCUGAUUGGCUUUAUUCUUUGGUGACCCCCAAGUUCACCAGGGCCCGGGGUGAUCUCCCCCGGCUCCAAAUCACCGAACCCUCCCAGGUCCCGCGCCAGACGGAGCCAGGUCCCAACCAGGAAGGGCCUCGGAGCAUCGGGACGCCAACGCCGCCGUCUUCGAGUCUGGGUUGGGGGCGAAAGAUGGCGCUGACGGGGUGCAGCUGGCUCUUCCUCAGCGCCGCCUUCCUGAGCGCGGGGGCCGAAAUCUCUAUCACCCCCGAGCCUGCCCAGCCAGCCGAGGGGGACAACGUCACACUGACCGUCCAUGGGCUUUCGGGGGAAGUGCUUGCCUACAACUGGUACGCGGGGCCCACGCUCAGCCUGACAUACCUGGUGGCCAGCUACAUCGUGAGCACGGGCGACGAGACCCCUGGCCCGGCCCACACGGGACGGGAGGCUGUGCGCCCCGACGGCGGCCUGGACAUCCGGGGCGCCCUGCCCGGGCACUCGGGCACCUACAUCCUGCAGACCCUCAACAGGCAGCUCCAGACAGACGUGGGCUACGGACACAUGCAGGUCUAUGAGAUCCUGGCCCAGCCUGUGGUCACGGCCAACAACACGGCACUGGUCGAGCGCCGAGACACCCUGCGCCUGGCGUGCAGCAGCCCCAGCCCCGCUGAGGUCCGCUGGUUCUUCAACGGCGAAGCCCUGCCCAUCGCCAUCCGCCUCGGCCAGUCCCCCGACGGCCGGGUACUGACCCGGCAUGGCGUCCGCAGAGAGGAGGCGGGAGCCUACCAGUGUGAGGUCUGGAACCCGGUCAGUGUCAGCCGCAGCGAGCCCGUCAACCUGACCGUGUACUAUGGCCCAGAACGCGUGGCCAUCCUCCAAGAUUCCACCACCCGCACGGGCUGUACCAUCAAACUGGACUUCAACACGUCCCUCACCCUGUGGUGCGUGUCCCAGUCCUGCCCAGAGCCCGAGUAUGUGUGGGCCUUCAACGGGCGGGCCCUCAAGAACGGGCAAGACCACCUCAACAUCACUAGCAUGACGGCGGCCCAGGAGGGCACGUACACGUGUAUUGCUAAGAACCCCAAGACCCUGCUUUCCGGAUCCGCCUCGGUGGUGGUCAAGCUCUCCGCGGCAGCGGUCGUCAUGACGAUUGUGCCCGUGCCCGCCAGGCCGAUGGAGGGCCAGGAUGUGACGCUGACCGUCCAGGGCUACCCCAAGGACCUGCUGGUCUACGCCUGGUACCGCGGGCCUGCCUCGGAGCCCGGCCGGCUGCUCAGCCAACUGCCGUCAGGCAACUGGAUCGCGGGCCCCGCGCACACAGGCCGGGAGGUGGGCUUCGCAAACUGCUCGCUGCUGGUGCAGAAGCUGAACCUCACGGAUGCCGGCCGCUACACCCUCAAGACCGUCACGUUGCAGGGCAAGACCGAGACCCUGGAAGCCGAGCUGCAGGUGGCCCGUGAGUGUGUCUUUUCAAACAGACGCUCCCAAAGCGGGGCUUUGUCUCCUCCAGAGGGGGGAGGGAAGCACGGACGAAGGGUGGAUCUGCGUCCCCAACAGACUGAAAGAAGGGGCUCCCUCCCCUCCCUCUGACUUGGGGCUCUCCAAAUGGAGUUUUUGGCCUCUUCUGUCAAGCCGACAGCCUAGACUAGGGGUAGAUAGGCCUCCUGCAUCCAACUGAAGGCUACCAAAGGGGGAUUCCACGCCUCCUCUCUCAUAUAAGAAGUACGCCAGACUGAAGGUCUCAAGAAAGGAGGCACAGUCUGAGCGUAGGGCACCCUUUUUCCUGCAGGCGGGUAGACCUAUUGCCUCCGCUACUUUAUUGGGAAAGUGGGUUAAUGAUGGGAGUGUACCUCCCCCAUCAGACUGGAUGUAUAGUACGAGGGUGGAUCAUAACUCCCUCUUUAGACUGGGAGAUCCUAGACAGUUGGCAUCAUGUCUCGGCCUUUGCAUUAGGGUAAGAGUGAGGACAGAAUUUCUACCAUCAGAGGGGGACAUUUUUCUCUCAAAGUGAAAUAGGAAAAAUCUCCUCCGUUAGGAUAGAGGCUUCUAGGUGAUGGGAAUUUUGUCUCCUCCCUCAGACUGGGAAUUCCCAGUGGUCAGGAGCCACGUCUCUUCCAUCAGUCCGGGAAUUCCCAGAUGUUGAAGACCAUGUCUUGCCCAUCAUAGUAGGGACUCCCAGAGUCAGGGACCAUGUCUCCUCCAUCAGACUGGGAGCUCCCAGAAACAGGG